UACUGGUGAUGCUUUAUGCCUUCUGUCAACACAACCAUCAUCGCGACUGCCGUAGAAAGUUCUCCGUCGGCGAACAGGAGAGGCAAAGAGGAUGAAGGAGAUCCGGGAGGAAAAUCUCGGUCUGGUUGCGCGAGGCCGAAGGACCGACGGCGGUUUGUGUUGCUGCGCGAUGGCCGCAAGCGAGAGGGGAACGACCGAGAAGAACUGAAGCGGGGACCUUUGGUUGCGUCCGAAUGUCAAGGAGAGGGAUGCGAACGGUUUCUUCGGGUUUUUUGCCGGGGGCUUGGAUUUCGGUUGCUGUACGUGCAAACGAGUGGGAGAGGUUGCAGUGAUCUACAUCCUUGGGCGGGAGCACGUAUCAGGCCAUGCAAUCCCACUGUUUCAAACAACGAAUUAUGGGUUCUCUACGCCUGUUACACACUCAAUCU